AUGUCUCCUUGCCUCGGUUAUUCGCCCGAGUGCUCCGCGAAACGGUUGAUAGCGAGCGUCCUUGUGCUCGUGGCUUCUGUGCACAUCUUCCCUGCCGCGUUCUCCGUAGACCCAAGAAUCCAAAGCCAAACUCCCGAAACUCUUGGGAGCUUGGAGACCCCUACGCCUUCGCUUGAGCCGAGCCCAAGGCCAAGUUCGCCCGAGAGGAUCCCAAAGGUGGGCCCGGCAUUCGAGGUGUGCCGAGAUCAAGAGCUGACGACCGAGCGCUACAGCACCUUCGCGGCCUAUGCCCCCCAGUCUCAGAUACGCCUCGAGGCAUCCGGGCACAUGGCUCUCUGGAAACAGCUGGGUCUUCUCAGGGGCUGCUGUGCAGCGAAAAGAUGUCACCAAAGUGGGGGGGACGUUUUUUUGGCAUUUCUGGAUGGGCCCAGGGCCGUGGCUCAGCCCGUGGUCCAUGACUUCGGAAAUGGCUCCUACGCACUCCUCAUGUCUACAGACACGCUUUUGCCCACUGGCGCCUACAACCUAAGCAUCUUCCUGCACCAAGUUUUAAACCGGUCGGUGUAUGGAAUCUUGGCUCCGCGUGAUGAAUUUCCCAGAGCUGACACGGCCGGCACCUGGCAAAGCUUGGACUCCUUCGAUCUCCUCGAGGAGUACUACCAGAGUGCUCGCCCCGACUUGCGCCACCUGUACACACACCUUAGCGCCCAGAUCCCCGUUCUUGGGACACCUCUGGAACUUCAUUGGGAGUCCCUGCAGCCGGCGGCCUGGAAAUCCGCGCUCGCCUCCCUGAAGCCGUGUGGCCGCCAGUCCCUGAGUGUGAUGCGCCGGGUGGGCGGAUUCUGGCUUCGUCUGGGAGGGGCUAUGUGCCCGAGCUGCCCUAGCUGUGCUGGCGUGGGAGAAAUGGGCUGUGGCAAUCUGGAUUUGUUGCGGCCGGAUGCUGCUUUUCAUCACGUGUACGUGGAGAGCAAUUGUUACUAUCCGGUGCGCGAUGGGCCCACCAUGCAAAGGUGUCUGGGCAAUCGAAAGGUUCUCAUGCUUGGCGACUCUACAACCAUGGGCCUCCUCACCGACGCCAUAGCAAUGUGGGGUCAGGAGAAGCCUUUCAAGAAUCCAUCCAACUACAGUGAUGUCUGCAAGUACCACGAGAAAUACAUGCCUGGCAGGGGUGGGGUUCAUGGCUCAUGGACGAGCCACCUCUGCCGCGGGCGAGAUCCAACACCCGACCGCCACCAUGUUUCCUUCGGGGGUCGCAAGACGAUUUCGACGCCUGACACCAGCUACCUUCGCAGCCCGAGGUGUGCAGGCUUGGGCAACUUGGCGGAUCGCAAGGCUGCCGGUAAGUUUGCGGCACAGCUGAAGGGUGCUGAUGUGAUCAUUGUGCACUCAUGCGACCACGAUCUCUGCAAUCGAGGCUUUUCGAAGCCCAAGCUGCUGUCGAAAUAUGAGGCCAACCUGAAGCGGCUUGCUGGGCUGUUCCGAAAACAUGCCUCUGGGAAGAGGAUCCUCUGGUUGUCCUGUUCAGCACAAAGUGGCUUAGCAUGGGCGAACGUCACAACCCAAACGCAGUUGUACAAAUGGCGCAUGGACAGGUUAGCAUUGGAGGCGUGCCGGCGCCACACGUGGGAGUUUGUGGACGCCUUCUCCUUGACUUCCGCGGCGUUGCUGCAGGUGAAUUGGUGGGAUCAUCGGGGGGGCCUUGCUGGCGGCAUACAUUUCCACUCCAGCUGCUGCCCUGUCGGGGAUCGGUCAGAAAUUGCUGCCCUCGCAGAGCUGGAAGACCAGCUGCCAUACCGCUUGGCAUGGCAAGGGGGCGCAGGAUACAUCAGCAAGAUGCUGGCUCAAGUCCUCUUCAACCAGGUUUGCGCAGCAUCUUAA